CCAAACAAAGUCUACGAGACCUGGAAUUGCAAAAGGGUGGUUUAAAAAAACAACAUUAGAUCUUCACAGGCUGUCCCCAGAACAGUUGGAGUUCCAGCAAACAGCGCGCAAGUUUGCAAGAGAAGAAAUCAUUCCCAAGGCUCCGGAAUAUGACCUUUCAGGAGAGUAUCCCUGGGAUCUGGUGAAGACAGCUUGGUCCCUGGGAUUGAUGAACACUCACAUACCCCAGCAUUGUGGUGGCCUCAACCUUGGCCUGCAGGAAUGCUGUAUUGUAACAGAAGAAAUUGCUUAUGGUUGUACAGGUGUGCAGACAGCCAUUGAGGCUAACUCACUCGGGGAAAUGCCAGUAAUCAUAGCUGGCACCAAAGAGCAGCAGAAGAAGUAUCUUGGAAGGAUGAUUGAAGAGCCACUCAUGUGUGCAUACUGUGUCACUGAACCAAGCGCAGGCUCCGAUGUUGCAGCAAUCCGAACUAAGGCAGAAAAGAAAGGAGAUGAAUACGUCCUUAACGGUCAGAAGAUGUGGAUCACCAAUGGAGGGGUGGCCAACUGGUAUUUCGUUUUGGCUAGAACCAGCAGUGACCCUCAGACACCUGCGGGCAAAGCCUUCACUGGGUUUAUUGUAGAUGCACAUUCCCCUGGCAUUAUACUGGGAAGAAAGGAGAGGAACAUGGGUCAGAGGUGUUCGGACACUAGAGGGAUCACCUUUGAAGAUGUUGUUGUCCCUAAGGAGAAUGUUUUGGGGACAGAGGGAACUGGUUUCAAGAUUGCCAUGGGAGCAUUUGACAAGACCAGGCCUCCUGUUGCAGCCGGAGCAGUGGGUCUGGCUCAGAGAGCCCUCGAUGAGGCUACAAAAUAUGCCAUGGAGAGGAAGUCAAUGGGGAAACCAAUUUGUGAGCACCAAGCCAUUGCCUUCCUGCUGGCUGACAUGGCCAUCGGUGUAGAGACAGCUCGACUGGCCACUCGGAGAGCUGCCUGGGAAGUGGAUCAAGGGAGAAGGAAUACAUUGUACGCUUCUAUUGCCAAGGCUUAUGCUGGGGAUGUUGCUAACAAGUGUGCCACUGAUGCUGUUCAGAUUUUUGGUGGCGCUGGCUUUAAUUCAGAGUACCCAGUGGAGAAGCUCAUGAGAGAUGCCAAGAUUUAUCAAAUUUACGAGGGCACAGCACAAAUACAAAGACUGAUCAUCUCUCGAGAGCUGCUACAGAAUGCCAGGAACCAAUCAUAA